AGAGGAAAAUCACCUGACUUCCAUCCCCAGAGGCGUUUUCUCUCAACAAAAUGUACUGAAACACCUAUACAUGUCCAAAAACAACAUAAGAAAUCUCUACAAGGACAGCUGUCAAGGCCUGCGAAGUUUAUUGACAUUUUUUCUUGACAAAAACAGUUUGGAGGUUGUAGAACUGUCCUGUUUCGCUCACACGCCUGCUCUCAUUACACUAAACCUGGCUUACAACAGUCUCUCUCUCCAGCACCAGAGCUUCCCUCCGCUGCCGCACCUACACCACGUGUUCCUUCACGACAACAAGAUAACAAAUAUCGAUAAAUUGUUCACCAACAUAACGUCAAUAACAACUUUACAGCUAAACAACAACAGAAUCCGCAUGAUUCACUGCCAGGCCUUCAGUACUCUCAAACAUCUGCGGUCCGUGGAUUUGUCCGGGAACCCACUGACGGCGGUCCAGGAUAUUUUCACGGGUCUUAAGGCUCUGCGCGUCCUGAACCUGAUGGACCUCGAACUUAAAGACAUCGACGAGCGGCACUUCUUAGAAAUGGACGAACUCAAAUUAGCGUAUUUCAAAACCUUUCGCUACUGCAGCUACGUGCCACGUGUUCUUCAGUGUCUCCCCAGUACAGACGGCGUCUCGAACGGGCGUGACAUGAUGGGCUGGGUCGUCCUCCGCGUGGCCGUGUGGGUCGUCGCCGCCCUCACCCUCGCCGGGAACUUGGCUGUGAUUGGCUGCCGCGCCAUCUCCAAGGAGGACAACAAGAUACUGAAGCUCUUUAUCAAAAAUCUGGCAGCCGCCGACCUGUUGAUGGGCGUGUACCUCGUGAUCCUGGGCGUGAAGGACCUCAAGACGCGGGGAUCCUACAGGGCGGAGGCGCUGGCGUGGGCGUCCUCGUUCACGUGUACUUUCACUGGAAUUCUUGGAGUCGUGUCGUCUGAGACAUCAGUGUUCAUCCUCACCUUCAUGUCUCUGGAGCGAUAUUUGUUCAUCAGGCAGCCUCUCGAAGCCCGCACGCUGUCGGAGAGAUCGGCUAGAGUCUGUCUGUUCUUCAUCUGGCUCACGUCUAUAUUCCUGGCUGUUUUCCCCGGUGAGAAGGGUACUUUGUUUUCUGUGGUUUCUGUUUGA